AUAACGUCUCCCUACCCCCACUGUUUGAGCAAACCUCUGUCAUUUCCAGUCCAGAGACUGUCAUCAUGAAGACGCUUUUGAUUUUGUUUGUUUUAAUGAACUUGGACACACUUCUGAAGACAGGACACUGCAUAGUAACACAAGACCAAGUUCUAUCAAUCACACCGACAACACAGGAACAAGUUGACAUCUUAAAGAAUGUGUCCACCCAAUAUGAGACAGUCUUAUGGCAGCCUGUUUCACAUCACUACAUCAAAGAAGAUACUCAAGUUCACCUGUUUGUACCUGCAAACAGCUCGUCGACUGUCAAGGAUCUGCUGCAGAGGCACAGCAUAACACAUCAUGUGUUACUGGCCAAUGCCAAUGAAUUGAUUGAAAUGCAGAUGAGGAACGGCUCCACAGACCCACGAAGCGGCUCAACUUACUAUGAGAGAUAUCACAGUCUGGGGGAUAUCUAUCAUUGGAUAAACAGGACCGCGCAGGAAAACCCAGACAAAGUCAAAAUCAUUCUCCUUGGCUCUUCAUAUGAGAAGCGUCCACUCUAUGCUCUGAAGUUGACUUUUAAUGACAGACCAAAUAAGAAAGCAAUGUGGAUUGACUGUGGGAUCCACGCCAGAGAGUGGAUCUCUCCUGCUUUCUGUUUAUGGUUUGUACAAUAUUCCCUGGGUUUUUACACUUUCAACUCAGACAUCACUUCCAUUUUGGACAACAUGGAUGUUUACGUCCUGCCUGUGAUGAACCCUGAUGGAUACCAUUACACAUGGACAUCAAACCGGAUGUGGAGGAAGAACCGCUCUGUCAGCAACAACUGCAUCGGAGUCGACCUCAAUAGAAACUUUGAUGCAAACUGGUGCACGGAGGGAGCCUCUGAUCAGCCCUGCAGUGACAUCUACUGUGGUGCGUUCCCGGAAUCAGAGCCAGAGUCGGAGGCCGUGGCGAACUUCCUGCGCAGUCACAAGGACACGGUUCAGCUCUACCUCACCAUCCACUCAUACUCUCAGAUGCUGCUCUUCCCCUACUCCUACACCUUUGAUGAAGCAGAGAACCACAAUGACCUGCUUGAGAUGGCCCAAGAAGCUACACGGAAAAUCAGAAGAUAUUAUCAGAACACCUACAAGUAUGGUUCUGGGGCCAAGACAAUAUACCUGGCUCCUGGUGGAUCUGAUGACUGGGCAUACAACCUCGGCAUCAAAUACUCCUUCACAUUUGAGCUUCAGGACCGCGGACGUUACGGCUUCCUCCUGCCACCAUCAUUUAUUCCCAAGGCCUGCAAUGAAGCUCUGAUCGCUGUGAAGACCAUCGCUCUGAAGGUUAUAGAGAAGACAAAGGCUCCUCCUCAAACUGUUUAAGCAACUGCCAUUAAGGUUAAGAGUUUUCAAAUAAAGACCUGUAAGAGUG